CACACCACUUGGGAAUCCUUUGGGCCUCAGCACAAUGAGGGGCCCCGUGUUCACCCUGUUUCUGUUCUCUGUCCUGUUUGCCGUCUCCGAAGUGAGGGGCACGGACACGGUGAAGCUGUGUGGCCUGGACUACGUGAGGACCGUGGUCUACAUCUGUGCCACUGCCCGCUGGAGAAGGCAGGCGGAGGGGACCCUGCCAGGCCUGCAAGCGGAGAGAAGAAGCGACUUGCACCGUGAGGCUUCCCAGGAAAUCUUAGCGCGCAAUCUCGCCAAGCUGGAUUUCUCAGGAGAGGAGCUCGUUCAGGAGGAACAGGUGCCCACGGAGGGGCUGCGGGAGACAAAGAAGCAUUUGGCGAUGUCCAGACGAGACUUACAAACUCUCUGCUGCACUGAGGGCUGCUCCAUGACGGAGCUGAGCGGCCUGUGCUAGGCAAGCGCGGACGCCAGUGAGCAGCAGCACUCACCCUCACCUGACCAGGGUCGCGUAUGCGCGCACCCCAGGGAAGCUCUGUCACUCAGAUGAGGCUUUGGGACAGGCAGUCCUUUCCUAAAAGUUCUUAUGAAUGGCUGCAGCCACAGUGAAGUCUAUCUUCUCCCUUUGCCAAGGUGAAUGCUCUCUUC